AUGUCUUCUCACACCAUCUACUCCUCGCCGGAAAAUCUCCGUUCACCCCUAAUCCCACCGGAAAACAAAACCCACCUCGCCGGAAACGAUGAACAACCCAUCGAACGCCUCUGCAUUGACGACAUGUUACGCAAACACUGCGGCGAGUUUGGAUAUUGGCAAUUGAAACACUUUGUUCUCACGUGUUUAGGUUGGGCUCUCGAAGCCUUCCACACCAUGGUCAUGAUUUUUGCCGACCGGCAGCCGGAUUGGUCAUGCUUACCAAAUUCCGACUGCGUAGUCGCCGCCGAUAAGGGGGUUUGUGAACUCCAGCCUGACACGUGGCAGUGGGACGGUGGUCCGGCAACUUCGACGGUGGCCGAAUGGGGAUUAAUCUGUGGCCAGAAAUAUAAGGUUGGGCUUGUUCAGGCCUUGUUCUUCGGCGGCUGCAUGAUCGGUGCCGGAAUAUUUGGACAUCUAUCGGACUCAAAACUCGGAAGAAAAGGGUCGCUCACCGUUGUGUGCAUACUCAAUGCCUUUUUCGGAUUACUAACGUCCCUCUCCCCAAACUACUUGACCUACACCCUCCUUCGCUUUCUUACCGGUUUCAGCACCGGUGGAGUCGGUCUUUGUGCGUUCGUCCUUGCCACCGAGCCAGUAGGACCUUCCAGCCGGGGUAUGGCGGGGAUGUCCACGUUCUACUUCUUUUCUGGUGGAAUAGCUUUGCUCUCCGGGAUUGCUUACAUUUUCCAAACAUGGCGAUCUCUAUAUGUUGCUUCGUCCAUACCGUCCCUACUUUUCGUGUUUUUGAUCCUCCCGUUCAUUUCGGAAUCCCCUCGUUGGUAUCUUAUUCGAGGCCAAACGGAUAACGCAAUGAAGAUAAUGCGUGCCAUUGCCGUCACCAACGGAAGAUCUCUUCCAGAUAACGUGUAUGUUUCCCGUGACGAGGAGGUCAACGAUAACGAUCAGAAGGGUAAUGAGGAACGGUCGAGAGAAGUCGUGACGGGAUCAGUGAUCGAUGCACUCAAAUCGCCGUUAACUCGAAUCCGUUUGAUUCUCGUGGUCGGAAUCAACUUCGCGUGCUCCGUUGUGUACUACGGUCUCAGCUUAAACGUGGUCAACCUCGAGACCAAUCUCUACGUCAAUGUGCUAGUCAAUGCGAUCGCGGAGAUGCCGGCGUUUCUUCUAACCGCGAUCUUGAUCGAUAGGUUCGGACGGAAGCCGUUGGGAGUCGGGACACAGUGGUUCAGCGGAGCCUUCUGCAUCGCAGGCAGUUUUAUGGAUGGAAAAGGAGCGUGGAAGGUGAUUCGGAUGUUCUGCGGUGUUUUGGGGAUCUUCGGGAUGGCGGGGACUUACAAUCUGCUGUUUAUAUAUGCAAUGGAGUUGUUUCCAACGGUGGUGAGAAACGCCGCCCUCGGAUGUGCAACACAGGCGGCACAAUUGGGGGCGAUUCUGGCACCUUUCGUGGUGGUUAUGGGCGGCGGGUUGCCAUUUUUGGUUUUUGGCGUGUGCGGGAUUGUGGGCGGUUUUCUUACGUUUUACUUGCCGGAAACUUUGAACAAGCCGCUGUACGACACGAUGAACGGAAUGGCCGAUGGAGAGAACGAGGUGUAGCGUGAAGCGUCGAUGUUGCAAUACCUCUUUUUACCCCAAAUAUUGCCCAUUAAUAAUGUGUAAUUUCUAAUAGGAAUUUAUUUAACAUAAUCUAAGUUCAGUAUAUAUAAUGUUGUAUCAUCAAAAGAAAUUUAAGAUGUAUCAAUGAACAUGUAAAAGGAAGUUACUUUGUAGAUUAACGUAUGAGAAUGUGGAAUCC